AUGGACAUUUUUGGUAAUCAUGUUGUGCAUUGUGCGAAUGAAGUUGGACUAAAGUUUCGACAUGAUUUGGUGCGUGAUACGAUUGUUGACAUGUGUUAUCGAGCUGGGGUACUGGCAGGUAAGGAGGUGGAUUUGGGUCUCCUUGCUAAUAAUGACACUUCUCUGAGACCAGCGGAUAUUCUGGUACUUAGUUGGGAUAAUGGUCGAGAUGUUUGCUUGGAUGUGACUAUUGUCUUGCCCUUUGCUGGAGUUAAUAGUCGCAAUUUGGAGUUGGGACAGGCCAUCAAGGAUGCUGUUAUUCGUAAGAAUACCAAGUAUCUAGAAAAGUGCACCUCCCAAGGUUAUGGUUUUCAAGCCUUAGCUUUUACUAUUCUUGGUGAGCUUGAGGUCGAAACCAUGGACUUCAUUAAACGUCUUCGCAAUUACAUGGCUAGCCAUGAUGCUAAUGUGCAUAUGGGAGAGUUCCUCUUCCAUAGGUUAAGUGUGGUAGUACGGAAAGGGGUUGGAGCCCAGCUUGUGACUAGGCUCCCAACAAGCUUCUUGUCUGAUAUGCCUCCUAAGAAAGCAGCGAAUGCUAAAGUUAAAUUAAAACCCCAAACCAGUUAUCUUCCUGAAUUUGUUCCUGGUUCGCCAAUCACCGGGUUUGCCGUUUCCGAAGUGCUAGAUUCAGGGAACCCGAACUUCAAGAAAGGUGAUUAUGUGUGGGGGUUUUCUGGAUGGGAGCAGUACAGUCUCAUCGAUAACCCUCAUCCUGCGUCCCUGAUAAAAAUCGACUACACUGAUGUGUCUCUUUCAUAUUAUACUGGAAUCCUUGGUAUGCCCGGUCUGACUGCUUAUGCUGGGUUUAAUAAGCUUGCUUCUCCUAAAAAAGGAGAAUCCAUAUAUGUAUCGGCUGCAUCUGGUGCCGUUGGCCAGCUUGUUGGUCAAUUUGCGCAGUUGAUGGGUUGUUAUGUUGUUGGAAGUGCUGGAUCCAAAGAAAAGGUUGAUUUGUUGAAGAACAAGUUUGGAUUUGAUGAUGCUUUUAAUUAUAAAGAAGAGGCAGACUUGACUGCAACUUUAAAAAGGUAUUUCCCCAAGGGAAUCGACAUCUACUUCGAAAAUGUGGGUGGAAAGAUGCUCGAGGCUGUCCUCCAAAAUAUGGCUGUCCAUGGUAGAAUCACUGUGUGUGGAAUGAUUUCACAGUACAAUCUUGAGAAUUCCGAAGGGGUUCACAACUUAACACAGCUUGUCCUGAAACGUGUUCGGAUGGAAGGAUUGAACGUUUCAGAUCACUAUCACCUUUACCCAGAGUUCAUGGAACUGAUGAAGCAGUAUUUCAAAGAUGAAAAGUUAACUUAUGUUGAACAUAUGGUGGAAGGUCUUGAGAGUGCUCCUGCUGCGUUAAUUGGUCUUUUUACCGGCCAAAACAUCGGGAAACAGGGACGGAGCCAGAAAUAUUUUUCAGGGGAGGCUAAUUAGGCAAAACACAAAUUCAAGGGAGGCUAACUAACAAGUUUUUCUUCUAAAUAACAGAAAUUCCUAAGAGAAACAGGGGAGGCGGGGGCCACCCCUGAACUACACUAGCUCCGUCCCUGGUUGUCAUCUGUCUGUUAAAGUCAUUGCGUGAUACCAGUGAUCUGAGUUUGAAACUUGUCAGGACCAAAUUCUUUACCGAUUAAAAAGUCGGAGUGGUCCAGUUCUUGUUGUGUCUUGUAGGUUGCAUCUUGUUUCAAUAAACUUCUCAUCCUUUACCCCA